AGCGAACAACAACAACAACAACAAUAAUAAUGGCUGACAAUUUAGACGACGAGUGGUGGAAUGAUGGGAACAGCAGUGGGAAGGGAAAUAACUCUGAUGAGGAAAAUGCACCUAAAGACAAGGCUGCUGAGGCAACAGUGCACACUGAAGAAGAGGGUCCUCCGAAGAAAAAAAGGAAGAGAAACAGGAAACGCAUCACAGAUGAGUUGAAAGAGAAGGGAGAUAAACCUUCAUCAGCGGAAGACUUUAUAAGUUUUCUGAAGAAGCAGUUUGAAGGAAAGCUGUCCCCAGUAGAAUGUGAUGAGAUACAGUUGGAUCCAGAUACCCAUUUCUUCAAGGCCAACCCCAGUUCAGAGUUCCAGGUGGCUUACUUACGGCUGGUCCUGCCCAAAUGGAAGAAGGUCAAGCAGACAGUGGUGGAGCCCGGGUCUCCCGCUCUUCUGGUUGUCUGUCCGUCUGCUCUGAGGGCUGUAGACCUCAACAGGAAACUUCAGGAGUUUAAGGGGGAGGAGUGUCGAUGUGCUAAGCUGUUUGCCAAGCAUAUGAAGUUACCAGAGCAACAGAAGUUCCUGGAGAAGUCGGUGGUGCACAUGGGCAUCGGAACUCCCAGCAGGAUAUUGGCGCUUAUCAAGUCAGGCCACCUGAAGCUGGCCCAUCUCUCGGCCGUUGUUGUUGACUGGAACUGGAGAGACGUGAAGAAACAUCGCCUGGUUGACGUGCCUGAACUGAGGGGCGAGCUGGCCACGCUGCUACAGACCUGCCUCAUACCACACUUGAAAUCUCACAUGAAAUGGAAAAUUGGCAUAUUAUGAUAAUAAAGUUUUAGCUAAAUUCA